AUGACACGCCAACUCAAAUCGUCUGCGACGAAGCGGAGUUCAACUCUUUCUUCACGGAAAAAUUCCCAAAGUACGCAGCUUCCUGCAGGGAGGAUGACAGGGAAAAACUAUUCACGAAGCUUAUCCAAGCGCUCCAACCCUGCGACUCCGACGCGUCGAAAAGCAGCAACACGAAACCCCGCCCAAGCCGUCUCGCCAUUUUCCUCCGCACAGCUCUGCUCGAGGGGGUCAAGGGCGGGACGUAUUACACGCAGGACAAGGAGGAAAUGCAGAGCUACAUCCUGGACUGCUUCCGCUACUGCUUCACCUACGAGAAGCUGCGGGACGAUAUCUACCAGAUUUUGUUCAAUCUGA